UACACCUCUAUCUGGCAUUAUACACUGUUGAUGGCGUCUGGUCGAAGGCUAAAGACAGGUCGCCUUCUGACAAACAGAUAGGCCGUUGGCAUUAACGGUUUUGUGUUGACAAUCUCAGUGUGGCACAAUGGAGCUGGAGAGUGUGGAAGUGGUGGAUGAGAGUCGUUUGACCCUCCUAAGGUUCGAGGCUGCAGUAAAAGUGAUUAAGAGUUUACACCCGAAUGGUCCCUUUCAGCCGUCCAAUGAUAUGAUGCUCAAGUUCUACAGUUAUUAUAAACAAGCCACAGUGGGUGCAUGCAGUAUACCCCGACCUGGCUUCUGGGAUGCAGUUGGCAAAGCUAAAUGGGAUGCGUGGAGCUCUCUCGGAGAUAUGUCAAAAGAAAAAGCAAUGGCAGGCUACGUUGAUGAAAUGAAACUGAUCCUCGAAGGUAUGCCCAUGACGGAUGAGGUGGAGGAGUUACUACGUGUCCUCGGCCCGUUCUAUGAGCUGAUUGAAGAUAGGAAAAAGAUCACACAGAUAUCAGACCUCAGCAUGGCCCGUUUGACACAGUUUGCUAGGCAAAUGGAUGGGUUCGGUUCAAUGAUGAAUGCAAUGCCAUCGAAGAGCAUCGCAAAGAGCAUCGUCAGAACAAUGAAGAUGAACGGCACCCUGGAGACUCGUCCUGCCAGGCUCAAGUCAAAGGAAGUGAAGGAAAAGUCAGAGGAAGAAACACAGGAUGAGGAAGAGGAAUUAGACGAGGACGAAGAAGAUGAUGAAGAAGAAGAAGAAGAGGAAGAAGAAGAAGAAGAAGUGAUAAAAGAGGUUAAAAAAGACAAGAAAUCAGCAGCUUCUCUACCAAAGAAGAAGGGUUCAGCCAGGAGACACAAAGGGCCUCUUUCCAACGGUAAAGUGUCCAACGGGGUCGUCCAUCUGACCAAUGGGAGUCAUCCCAAGGCCAGUCCAAACGGUGACACCUCUCAGGAUGGCUCAGUCGCUGAGCCUCUGCUCAACGGUCACCACACAGACCCCGGUGUAGAUGUGUCUGGUCCCAGCCAGCUGGCCAGUGACUCAGACAGCGAAGUUUACUGUGAUUCUGUGGACCAGUUCGGCAAGGAAGAGAGCUCAGAGCAUAACCAAUCUUUGGAUGACCUGGAUGAAGAAGAGAACCACAUCCUGCCCCCUCUAGAGGAGCCCCGAGACGAUGUUCACGGUGCACCAGAGGGCAUCAUGUGUGGAGGAGAAGAUGGAGAGAACGACGGAACAGUGUCGCAGAGACAGAGACUGGAUGCGGACAUGUCUAACAGCUCUUUGGUCAGAAGAGAAGAAGGCUCCAGGUCUCCAGGCCUGGGCUCUGGAUCUCUGAUGCCCAUGUACGGUGGUGGAGAUGGGGAGAGGGAGCGCUGGGGAGGAGUUGUCACACCCGGAGGAAGCCUGAAUGAGCAGAUAGCUGUAGCGUUGGCUAGACUGCAGGAGGACAUGCAAAGUGUUCUGGAGAGGCUGCACACCCUGGAGGCUCUGACUGCAAACCAGGCAAAAUCAAUGUCUCUGUCUUCAACUUAUGGAUCAACUCCAGUAAAUAAGAAGAGUCGGAAACCAUCCUGGUGGCCUUUCGACAUCUCUCCGACCAGUUUGGCCUUUGCUGUUAUUUGGCCCUUUGUUGUACAGUGGCUAAUCCGCCUAUAUCUGCAAAGGAGGAGAAGAAGAAUCAACUAAGACCUGCUCUCGCCCAAACACCCAUGUGCAUAGAGGAAAAAGAGGAGUCCUCGAAAUGUCUUUGGUCGGGUUGCGAAUGGCUGUAACUCCCCCCUGCUUAGACCCACAGCCAAGUAAUUUGCUUUUGCACUAUGAAGAAGGAGCCUAGAGUAAUGAGUGAGAGGGAGCUCAAGCACUGUGGAUGUGGAAUCAAAUAGAAACCGGAAUGUAAGGGGUUGCAGCCUGUGAUUGUGAACGUUUUUUAAGAUGAUGCCACUGUACCGGAUUCUUUUUCUCUAUGAAACGGUUUGUGUUGAGAGUUGGAAAUCAUGACUUCCUGCUUGUUUAUAAGCCAACGACAGCAGCAUCUCAAUUAUUUACAUUACUAAGGCUUGUUGCACAUAAAAGGGGCUUGAUACUUAGUUGGGUUUUUUUUAGCGCUUGAUGUGGUUAUACAUUUUCAUGAUUCUCUUUCAUUAGUUGCCCAGGCAAUGCUGCUAUAAUAAAACGUGUAAUAAUUGUAGUUCUGAAGGAAGGAGCGAGUGUAAAAAAUAUAUUGAUUUGUGAGAUUUUUUAAUUCUGAGAUUAAGUUAAUAUUUAUUGCUUUUAGAAAGUUCAAAUGAAGGCAUUGCUCGCCAGAUUUCAGCUGUAUAAAUGAUGUUAACGUGGCCCCUGAGUUUUAUGUAUGUGUUAGACAAGGUUAUUAAUGUUUUCGGCACCUGUCCUGCCGCAUAUCAAUCUGUGCUUUAUGUCAUACUGGUAUCUACUUCAAAUUGUUUUCCAAAUCGAAGAAGUGCCUCGUCAUCAUCAUCAAGGUACAUUUAUACCCUAGGUGGCAUUAUGGUUUCUUACAUUUACUAAAUGUAGCAUAAUUGUUCCUGUGCUGGACCAAAUUACCAUUAAUCAUAAUACCUUAGCCUUUAGGUGAUGAGAAUACAAAUCUAUUCAGCUGUCCAAUUAUUAAUGCAUAAUACUUGUCACUGUUGUUUACCCUGUCAAGUUUUUCUAUAUCGUAUCAUUUUAAUGUGUGAUGUAAUAUGCUUGUGCAAAGAUGUUGUGAGUGGUAUGGUAAAAAUGAUGUGUGCAAAGAAGCGAGAUCAAUGUAAAUUGUAUACAGUAGCUGUACAGUUCAGAUUAAAAUGCAGUAUUUUAAUUGCAUUUUCAUGUAUUAUGGAUAUAGAAUACUAUAUAAUUUACAAAUUUUGCAUCUGCAAUAGCACUAAUCUUCCAGAGCCAUUAUGUUUUAAUAAAGAAGUCAUAUUUUAUCUUUCUACUAAAGUUAUGCUAAGGCUUUCUAGCCAUCUGCCUGUGGACAGAGUGGUGUUUGCAUGUGAUAAUCCAAGCCUCAAAUAAAGUUUUCAUAAACUA